CCAGACUAUUACCGCUGGGGGGCGCCAGUGCUCAACUCGACGGUAAGAACGAUGAGGAGGAUGAGGAGGAGGAUGCUGCUGGGAUGCUGAUGAUGCUGAAAGACUAUCCUGCGGGGAAGGACACGCAAAGAAGAAGAUAAACGAGAAGGCAGACAAAGAGAAGGGUCGGUACAGGCGCCGUGCCGUGCUCUUGCGCCGACGUGAAAAAAGACCAAGAAGGAACGAAAGAAGGAAGGAGGAAGAAGAAGAGCCAGUUUGACCGCUAACGAAGCUAUUCCGAGGAGGUGGGCCACGUCCCGAGAGGUGGGAACCAGCCUCACGUGGCGUCCAUGUUGCUGUGACGAUACAAACAAGCACGCAAAGCUCAUGAGCAGCCGCUCGGAUGUCUACAUAGCGGCGUUCGUGGGGAUCGGAGGACUAGCAGCAUCCGCGUGUGUCGGCAAGCGGUUGAAGUCGGCUUCCUGCCCAUUGAGAUGUGCUGGGAGGAAGCACUGUGAGUUCAUGCUGAUGAAAUUGAUCUGCUCAGUGAGCUCGAACCAGAGCCAUGGGGAGUACCCGGACUGCAGGAGUGAGCGCGAGUCUGGGGGCGAAGCGUCUCUCCUGGUGUCUCCGCUGGUGGUGGCGGGUAUCGUCAUAGGCCUGGUGCUCUUCCUCUCCUGCGUCACCAUCAUCGUGGGCAGCCUGCGCAAGGACAGCCGGCUACGAAACCCUCACCUGAGAGCCAGCUACGGUCCGGACGGUUACUCCUUCGGAGGCUCUGUCGGAGAACUGAGGUCUACAUGCUUGGAAGACUUUCCACCCGGUUUGGACUUUGACUCUUACAGUCUGUCACAAGUCAACCACUUAUACCCCGACUCUCCACCACGUUACGAUGAAUGCGUGGGCCCGGGUUGCACUCACCUCUACAUACCCACAGACGACCCCCCACCAUACUCGCUGUGCGACCCCCGUCAGAAUGAGUCUGAAGGGGCGGAGGAGGGUCCGAGUACCGCCGGCACCGCCUCGCCACCCUCGGCGUAUCCACGCAUCGCAUCCAUCUCCUUCCCGUCAGAAGCAGCGCCGCCGUACGAAGUGGUGCCCCCGUACGAGGCGGUGGUGGCAGAACACGGGCAGCCCCUCCCCCUCGUGCCAUGUGACCUUUCCAAAUAUCAAACAGAGAGGCACACGGACGCCAACCGGCGGCAGUCAGGGAUCAGCCAGAUCUCGUAAGAUGACCUGUUUGGACCUUUCACUGGCGCCUGUCCUCUGCCAUCUCACAAGCUGUGGCAGAUUUUUAAUUUCCAAACUUUGCGUGGAAUGAAACUCGACCGAAGGAAGAGUUUUUCUUCAGGGAGUUCACGGACUAAACAAAGUCUCCCGGUUCUGGUGAAACGGAUGCCGUUUAAAGACUCACCUCCAUGUUGAGGUAACACAAUGGACAACCAGAAACAAACUGGCAUUUUCAAGUUGAAGCUACUAUACACAAGCACACCGUAGCACGUACUGCUAAGUCACUACGACCAAAACAUUCAAGACCAAACAAACUAGUGUUUUGCAAACUUUGUUAUAGGCAAAGAAGAAUGACAAUAUAGACCAUUAAAGAUAAAAGCUCGUCCGACAAAGAGUCAUCCGUGUCCUAUCACAGUCACCUACGUAUUUGGCUAUUUUUGUACUCUGGUCGAAGCAAUAUUUGCCAUCUUGUGACAUCAUGGUGUCAAGACAGUUGAAGAGAUUAAUUUGGAAUAAAAAAGUAGUGUUUUGCCACCAUUCUUGAGGCAGACAUUUGAUAUGUUGUGCUCUAUUUAACAUUCAGCGAUUUUUAGGCUGGGACGCAACCUUUGGUCAUGGUCACUACUUCCAAACUAUGAGAGAACCUACAAGUGAUGAGAAAAAAAAACCAGUCACGGUUAUAUACGUGAGAUUAAAUGUCACUUCAGAUUAAACCAAUAAUGCAAACAGGGAGGUAACAGUUUCUGAUUUGUUCUGACGACCUCAGAAUGUUCUGGAAAGAAAAGCCAUUGUGACUUAAGAGCAAACAAACAAUGUAACCAGGGAGGUAACGGUUUGUAAUUGUGUUCUAAUUAGGUAUGAGUGGUAUGUGAAGAAAAGGUUUCAAUCAAAGGAGAGGCAACUCUGGGAGCACCAAGGAAGGGUUCAAAAUAAAUGUUGACGUCAAAUAUUCUUUCAAGCACGCACGGCAUGAUUAACUGCUAAGAUUACCUUCGGAGCUAUUAAAAAUGAUUGUCGGGAGGAGAGCUUCAGAGCGAACGUUGGGCGGAAAAUAUGACCAUGGGAAACAGGUAAUAAAGUAAGGUGCACUUAGGGAGAAACUGCGACAGUGGGACUCCGCCUACCAAAUUAACUGGCGAGUUAAUAAGCUAAGCACGAUCAAUGAGUCUAUGAGCAAACCCAUCAAACGAUUCUUGAUUGACAGAGCAGACGGUCGUGUUGAUCCAAACACACACUGUGCGAUUAAAAACAAAUCAGUUCAAAUUAGCGCUACAUUGAGAGGAACACAUCAUGAGGGCCCACGUUUUCUUGCUGCUGCUGCUGGCGCUUUCCGCAGUAUCCACGUACGCCAGGGUUGUGCAUGCUCAAGCAAGGAGGAGCAUCAUCAGAGAUACUUCAAGAUUGGAAACUAUGAUCAUAGAAAGCCAGAAAACCGAAAACGGCAAUCGAGAUUCAGAAGGAGAAAAUCCGGGAGAUGAAGAAAAUUCAUGUGAGGAAGAAAAUUCAGCAGAUGAAGACAAAUCAGGGGACGUUGAAAAUUCAGGGCGCGAUGACAAUUCAGAAGAAAAUAAAUCUUCAGGGGGCAAAAAAAAUCAAAAGACAGAAAACUCAAGGGAAGACAAAAACUCAAGGGAAGACAAAAAUUCAGAAAAUGACAAAAAUUCAAGGGAAGACAAUAAAUGUGGAGACGACAAAUCAGGGGACGAUGAAAAUUCAGGGCGCGAUGACAAUUCAGAAGAAAAUAAAUCUUCAGGGGGCAAAAAAAAUCAAAAGACAGAAAACUCAAGUGAAGACAAAAACUCAAGGGAAGACAAAAACUCAAGGGAAGACAAAAAUUCAGAAAAUGACAAAAAUUCAAGGGAAGACAAUAAAUGUGGAAACGACAAAUCAGGGGACGAUGAAAAUUCAGGAGACGACGAAAAUUCAGGAGACGACGAUGAAUCAGGGGACGACGAAUAUUCAGGGGACGACAAAAACUCAGGAGAUGACAAAAAUUCAAGAGAAGACGAAAACUCAAGGGAAGACAAAAAUUCAGAAGAUGACAAAAAUUCAAGGGAAGACAAUAAAUGUGGAGACGACAAAUCAGGGGACGCCGAAAAUUCAGGAGACGCCGAAAAUUCAGGAGACGCCGAAAAUUCAGGAGACGACGAUAAAUCAGGGGACGACGAAUAUUCAGGGGACGACGAAAACUCAGGGGACGACGAAAACUCAAGGGAAGACAAAAAUUCAGAAGAUGACAAAAAUUCAAGGGAAGACAAUAAAUGUGGAGACGACAAAUCAGGGGACGCCGAAAAUUCAGGAGACGCCGAAAAUUCAGGAGACGAGGAAAAUUCAGGAGACGACGAUGAAUCAGGGGACGACGAAUGUUCAGGGGACGACGAAUGUUCAGGGGACGACGAAUGUUCACGGUACGACGAUGAAUCAGGGGACGACGAAUGUUCAGGGGACGACGAAUGUUCAGGGGACGACGAAUGUUCAGGGGACGACGAUGAAUCAGGGGACGACGAAUGUUCAGGGGACGACGAAUGUUCAGGGGACGACGAAUGUUCAGGGGACGACGAAAACUCAACGGAAGACAAAAAUUCAGAAGAUGACAAAAAUUCAAGGGAAGACAAUAAAUGUGGCGACGACAAAUCAGGGGACGCCGAAAAUUCAGGAGACGCCGAAAAUUCAGGAGACGAGGAAAAUUCAGGAGACGACGAUGAAUCAGGGGACGACAAAUAUUCAGGGUACAACGAACUUUAGGAUGAAAAUUCAGCAGAUGACUAAAAUUCAGGGGAUGAUGAAAACUCAGGCGAUGACAAAAACUCAGGGGACGACGAAGACUCCGCGGACGCUGAAAAUUCAGUGGAUGACGAAAAUUCAGGGGACGACGAAUAUCCAGGGGAUGACGAAAAAUGUGGAGACGACGAAAACUCAGGAGAUGACCAAAACCCAGGGGACAACAAAAAUUCUCGAGACGAUGAAAACUCAGGAGACCAUGAAAAUUCAUGGCAUGACAAAAAAUGUGGAAACGACAAAAACUCAGUAGAUGACGAAAGCUCGAGGGACAACAAAAAUUCAGUAAACGACGAAAAUUCUGGAGACCACGAAAAUUAACGGGACGACGAAAAUUCAGGAGACGACAAAAACUCAGGGGACGACGAAAAUUCAGGAGACGACGAAAACUCAGGAGAUGACGUGUUGGAAUGAUUGGAUGAGGCACUGGUCAGUCUGGCCAAGGGCCUUAUAAUUUACAAGUUGGAUCACCUUGGUCCAGCGUAGUUUUCUGUCUGUCUUUAGAGAACUCCUUAUCUCUCAAUCCUGUGUGUGGUCUUUACUCCUUUCCUUUUUUGGUCACGAGCACAACUCUUUUAAGCUCUGUUUAGCACAAAGAACUUCUCUCACUUUUAUUUAACCCUGUAACUUUUAUCCAUAGAUUGUUGUUGAUCAGGACUGUUUUUCCUUGUUAAGUGUGAUAGAAAAGACAUGUGUUGAAGUAGUCGCAUAUAAAUGAUGCCAUAUUUACUCAAUGUUUGUUUAAGUAACUCCAUACAAGUUAUCUCACAUUUCUUAAAA